AAUUGUCUUUCUUUUGGUGAAUGUAGAGAGUAGUACUAAAGAACUCAACACUAUUUUCAACGAAAACAUGGAAGAAAUGGAAAAAUUACUUUUCAAUUGUUUAUGUGAAAUGCUAGACAAAAUUACAGAGCUUAAUCUACAUUCAUUAAAACCUGAUACAGAAAUGACCAGUUGGGAUGUUUACAGACAAUUGAGUUUGAUCCUUAAAAAAAGAGCUUAUAUAUGUUAUCCUGAAAAAUCUUUUAUAUGUAUAAGUGGAUGUUUAAUCAAAAUAGACACUGAGUUUGAUAUUUGUAAUGAAGAAGAAACAAAACCUUACGUCAUAGUUACUAAAAACGUCACUUAUGAAAAUUCAAAUGAUAACUAUUUUUCUUGGGUAACAUGUGUGAUAUGGAAAAAUAGUAAUAAUCCAAUUGUUAUCUGUAAUAGAGAUGAAGUUGCAUUCUUUGUUGGUUAUAAAACAUUUGAUAGGGAUUUUUUUACUAAGGUUAAAGUUACCAUUGUCGCAAAGAACAAUGAUGCAAGGAACAAUGACGCAAGGAACAACAGUAAAGAUUUUGAGAUAAAUUUUCAUCAAAAUUGCAAAUAUUUCAACAAUUGUAAUCAGCAAUUUCGGGAUAUAGAUAGUGGAUUUUGGGCAAUAUAUAAUGCUCUAAUGAUUGUAUACAAAAAAGACUGCAUCUUUCUAAAUAAGUUCCAAAUAGCAUCAAUUACACCUGCUUUAAAUUUACGUACUAUAUUACAUAAAUUUAUUACUUAUUCUAAUUUACAACAUAUAUCUCAAUACUUAAAAUGUAAUGAUUGUAAAGCAAUCAUUCCAAAAAAUGAAGCAAUUGGAUUCAAGGAGAGGAUUUUUAUAUUAAGCGAAGAUGAUUUAAGAUUAAACUUAGAUGACUCAAAAUUUUCUGAAGAAUAUGUUUACUUUCCUAGGUGUGAAUAUUAUGCACGUUAUCAAGGCACUACUUGUUUUAAUAUGAAAAACCCCAAUUUUUGGGGAACAUACUUUCGUUCGACUAGCAGAGGUGGGAAUUCCGAUAGAUAUUCAAAAACAGUUCCAACAAAUCAAAAAACAUAUAACAACACAGCGAUAAAUUUUUCACAAAAAAGAAACGGUGGCAAAAGUACAGCUUCAUAUCAUUCUAAAACUGGUGCAUUUCGCUCUCCUUUUUUUGACGAAAAAUAUAAGAAAAUUAUACUUUGUCAAGAUGAUUGUAAAAAAAUUACUGGAAAUGUUUUUUUAUAUGAUAAAAUUUUAAAAUAUAAACAAUAUUUAUGUCAAAGCUUUGUAACACAAUACAAUAGGAAACCUAUAACAGGCAUUGAAGCAAUUUAUUCUAAUCAGUAUCCUUGUAUUUUGGUUCUUAUUUCUUGUUUUAAUAACAACAAGGAUAUAAGAAGUAUUCAAAGCUGGUAUAAGGUAGCAAUGUCUUAUUAUGUGGCAAUUACAAACUAUAAUGCAGAUAUUACAAAUAUACCUAUUGAGCUAGUUGUACGCUCCAGUUUUGGACAUGUUCUCCCAAGCGUAGACUCUAUCAAUAAUGCUUUUAGAAUUAACAUAGGAAUAGUUCCAAUUCAAUAUAUCUACGUUUUAGUUACAAGUUUAAGUCUUUUAGGAGAGGUUCUACAGGUACUUCAAUGUCAUGCUAUUGAUGAAAACGUGAUAAAAAAACAAAACAAAAAAAUUGAGGAUUAUAACAGUAGAACAAAAAACAAAAAGAAUGACGAACUACCUUGCUGGGAAAAAAAGUUAUUCGUGACAUUAAAUUUAAUAGGAGACAGAUCAAAUAAAGGAGUAAUUGCUCAAAUUACACGAAAAAAGAGUUAUACUGAUUUAUUAAUAGACCUUGUCAUAAAAGAAUUAUACAAUAGGAAAAACUGUUAUGCACUUCCUAUAAUAGAAAUGCUAAAAAACAUUAUUUACGAUCAAAAAAUAUAUUUAGAUAAAAAAAUGCAGCAGGAAUUUACAAUGCUAAACAAACGAUUUUAUAAUACUAAAAUUAUAAAAGACAGGAUAUUUUGGGAAUUUUUGAUGGAUGUUGGAAAAGUGCUGGAUUUUCAAAACAAACAUCUGUUAAGGCAUAUUGAAUCUCAAAAUAUAUAUGGUUUAUACGCAAAUCUGGAAGAGACCAAUGUAAAUUUUAUUUGCAAUAGUGGAUACCAAAACUGUGAAGAUGGAUUUGGAAGCGAUAGUGAUUUUGAUGGUGAAGAUGAAGAUUUAAACUUUUAUAUUAGAAAAAUUACAGUUUCAACAGGAAUGAGGGCAAUCAACUUAGCUACAUUUCUAUCGCUAUAUUAUAUCACAAAAAUACCAAAUGUAACUACAUACCGUUUAGCAGCACGGCAUAUGUAUUAUGAAACUGAAAAUGCUGUUGAUGAAGUUAUAAAUGUUUUUAGUGAUUUUAGUGAUUUAUUUAAGGUUCCUACAAAAGAAAAAUCUAAAUCUGGCUCUACUCAAGAAAAUUGUGCAAAUAUUUGUUUUUUCGAUUUGAAUUUUUGCAACUCUCUAAAACUUGAAGAUAAUAUUGAAAGUCUCCUAGAAAGUUGUAGUAGGAAUUAUCCAAUUAUCAUUGAUUAUACAAGCGCUACGACAGAAAAAAUCCGUAGUAGUGUUUUAAAAUGUCUUAAAAACACAAAGGUAGUGUUACUAGUUAACAGUGGGCUAAAAAAUGAACAGUUUUCUGCAGACAUUAAUCCUUACGGCACAUUAAGAAUAAUAGCCAAGGAAAGAAAACUUAUGUUAGAGUUAUAUGCAUUAGCCCGAGGAGCAUUAGAAAUGUCAAAAGAAAUUUUACCCUCAGCUUCACAUCAAAUUAGAAAAGCAUAUAAAGAUGCUGGAUUUGUGGUAACUAACAAACAUUUAUUUAAAAAAAAAAUAAAAAAAGCAAACGCUUCUGAGAUGAUAGAGACGGAAAAAAUUGAAGAAAAUAUUUUUUAUGUUUGGAAACUUUUUGAUUAUUUACCAGAAAUAAAGGAAUUAAAAAAUAGUGGUUUUAACUUAUACCAAAUUAUUGAAUGCUACAAUUGUAAUAAAUUAAAAAAAAUGAAAGAUCAAGUAUCAGAGCUUAAAAAAGCUAACAAAUUUGAAGAAAUUGAAAAGAUUAAGACGGCUUUGUAUGACUCAUACAAAAACAAAUUGUUGAACUAACGGUGAGCUGGAAGUAUACCAAAAGUCUACAAAUACUAGCAAACAAACAUUAUAAUUAUAAAAACAACAAAGAAACAGUUUUUAAAAUGAUAUAUCUGAUAUAGUGUACAACAUAACCAAAUUCAAAAAUAUUAACAACAGACUCAAAUAUAAACUGAAGUCAUUACUUAAGGUGGUACUUGGGUGAAAAAAAAGUAAAAAUUGAAAAUUUCAAAGUGAAUGUUUUUAAGUAAACUGAGCUAUGCAGAAAACGCCUAAGUAAUUUGUUUCAUGUAAAAUAAUUCAGAUGAUACUUAACUUUCCAUUUUAAAAAAGACACUCUUAAACUCCAAACUCAACUUUCGUAGCAACGCCCAUAGCAACCAAUUUUGAUUUCUUGAAAGCCUGUAAAAUUAUGUUUAAAAACCUAUGGCUGGUUUGCUUUAAAGUCAUUAAAUUGUUUUACAGAAAUAUAAACUUCAUGCAAAAAAUCACCAAUUAAAUACAUGUGUUACAUGGCAUUUAAAUUGUUUAAAAGUUGAAAAGCUGCAAGUGAAAUAAUAUCUGUUUAUGUUUUUAAUCAUCGUUUAUUUGAUUUAGUUAUAUGGUUUUUUAUCUUUUUUUUUAGCUUUGUUAUA